AUGCACGACGAAGGGACAGUUGAUGACAAAGCGUCCACUUCAGGCGACCAAGACGAAAACAAUGACGGCGAAUCGGACGGCGAACCAGAAACUGGUUUAGCGUCGCACGACGAAGGUACAGUUGAUCACCAAACGUCCACUUCAGGCGACCAAGACGAAAACAACGACGGCGAAUCGGACGGCGAACCAGAAACUGGAUUAGCGUCGCACGACGAAGGGACAGUUGAUCACCAAGCAUCCACUUCAGGCGACCAAGACGAAAACAACGACGGCGAAUCGGACGGCGAACCAGAAACUGGAUCAGCGUCGCACGACGAAGACACAGUUGAUCACAAAGCGUCCACUUCAGGCGACCAAGACGAAAACAACGACGGCGAAUCGGACGGCGAAUCGGACGGCGAACCAGAAACUGGAUCAGCGUCACACGACGAAGGGACAGUUGAUCACAAAGCGUCCACUUCAGGCGACCAGGACGAAAAGAACGACGACGAAUCGGACGGCAAACCAGAAACUGGAUCAGCGUCGCACGACGAAGGGACACUUGAUCACCAAACGUCCACUUCAGGCGACCAAGACGAAAACAACGACGGCGAAUCGGACGGCGAACCAGAAACUGGAUUAGCGUCGCACGACGAAGGGACAGUUGAUCACAAAGCGUCCACUUCAGGCGACCAGGACGAAAACAACGACGGCGAAUCGGACGGCAAACCAGAAACUGGUUCAGCGUCGCACGACGAAGACACAGUUGAUCACAAAGCGUCCACUUCAGGCGACCAAGACGAAAACAACGACGGCGAAUCGGACGGCGAAUCGGACGGCGAACCAGAAACUGGAUCAGCGUCACACGACGAAGGGACAGUUGAUCACAAAGCGUCCACUUCAGGCGACCAGGACGAAAAGAACGACGACGAAUCGGACGGCAAACCAGAAACUGGAUCAGCGUCGCACGACGAAGGGACACUUGAUCACAUAGCGUCCACUUCAGGCGACGAAGACGAAAACAACGACUGCGAAUCGGACGGCAAACCAGAAACUGGUUCAGCGUCGCACGACGAAGGCACAGUUGAUCACCAAGCAUCCACUUCAGGCGACCAAGACGAAAACAAUGACGGCGACCAAGACGAAAACAACGACGGCGAAUCGGACGGCGAACCAGAAACUGUAUCAGCGUCGCACAACGAAGGGACAGUUGAUGACGAAGCGUUCGCUUCAGGCGACCAAGACGAAAACAACGACGGCGAAUCGGACGGCGAACCAGAAACUGGAUCAGCGUCGCACGACGAAGGGACAGUUGAUCACCAAGCAUCCACUUCAGGCGACCAAGACGAAAACAAUGACGGCGAAUCGGACGGCGAACCAGAAACUGGUUUAGCGUCGCACGACGAAGGUACAGUUGAUCACCAAACGUCCACUUCAGGCGACCAAGACGAAAACAACGACGGCGAAUCGGACGGCGAACCAGAAACUGUAUCAGCGUCGCACAACGAAGGGACAGUUGAUGACGAAGCGUUCGCUUCUGGCGACCAAGACGAAAACAACGACGGCGAAUCGGACGGCGAACCAGAAACUGGAUCAGCGUCGCACGACGAAGGGACACUUGAUCACAUAGCGUCCACUUCAGGCGACCAAUACCAAAGCAACGAUGGCGAAUCGGAUAGGCGAACCAGAAACUGGAUCAGCGUCACACGACGAAGGGACAGUUGA